AUGUCCGCCAUCCCCGACGCCGCCAUGAGCAGCACCUCCGAAAAGGACGCCCCCAUCGUCCCCCCCAACGGCGCCGUCGACGCCCAGAACCAGCACCAGCAGUACGCGCGCUGGCAGCACCCGACCUAUCGCGCCAUGAUUGAGGGCCAGGACACCCAGGCCUUUGGCGGCGCCCUCCAGGUCGGCAACUGGCAGCCCUACGAGCACCGCAAGCUCGCCAACCCGGCGCCCCUCGGCCUCUCCGCCUUUGCCCUGACCACCUUUGUCCUGUCCGCGCUCAACAUGCACGCCCGCGACACCGCCGCGCCCAACAUUGUCAUCUCUCUUGCCUUUGGCUACGGCGGUCUCGUCCAGCUCCUUGCUGGCAUGUGGGAAAUGGCCACUGGCAACACCUUUGGUGCCACCGCUCUCUCCUCCUACGGCGGCUUCUGGAUCUCCUACGCCAUCAUCCUCACCCCGGCCUUCCACGUCCUAGACCCCUACACCAAGCCCGAGGUCGCCAACGUCCUCGGCUUCUACCUCUUUGGCUGGUUCAUCUUCACCACCCUCCUCGUCCUCUGCACCCUCCGCUCCACCCUCGCCCUCUUCCUGCUCUUCUUCACCCUCGACCUGGCCUUCCUCUUCCUCGCCUGCGAGCAGAUGGCCACCAACCUCGGCAACGCCACCGCCGCCCUGGCCCUCCAGAAGACCGGCGGCCUCUUUGGCUUCCUCGCAGCCUUCCUCGCCUGGUACAAUGCCCUUGCCGGUAUCCAGGACAGCUCAAACUCCUUCUUCCAGGUGCCCGUCAUUCACUUCCCGUGGUCCGAGCACGCCAAUGAGAUGCGCAAGCAGAAGAGCGCUGAGCACCAGGCCUAG